AUGGACUCAUUCACGAGGCGUGGUUCAUGUCAGUGCAUCCAUGACGACGAAUAUUUUGAGACCUACCUGAACCCUCACCCAUUUCUGACGACUGCAGACGCUCCGCUGCUCCAUCGCGCCGCGGGGGCGGCGCCAGUAAAUUCGCCAACCUGGCCGCCCAGCAUGCUGCCGCGCUCCGCCGCCGAUGCGGGGCUCGCCGCAGGCCCCCCCGGCGAGCCAGACCACGCGGCGCGGGCGAGAGAGCCGGCCAGCGGAGGGCGGGCAGGGGCCUCCAGUGGCGCGCCCGCGGUCGCCAGGUCGGCCUUUCGGCAGGCCGAGCUCGUUGACAGCAUGCCGGCAGCCACCCCUGGCGCUCCAGCUAUCACUACGCUCAUGAUCCGCAACAUUCCGAUGUCUGUGGCGCAGAGUGACCUGCUGGACCUCAUCGGCAGGACUGGCUUCGAGAACCGGUACGACUACGCCUACAUGCCGACCACUUUUGACAGUGGGACCACUAGAGGGAUCGCAUUUGUAAAUUUUAUCACCUCAAGCGACGCCCGUGAGUUCUCCAUCUUGUGGAACGGAUCGCGGCUGGCCGGAGUUGCCGGCGCUGGAACCAACGGGGCCGUGAUCGAGGUCACCGUGUCGGAGACGCAGGGCUAUUCGGAGAACGCCAGGAAAUGGAAGGCGAGCCGGCUGCGCCGCAUUAGGAAUCCCAAGUUCCACCCCUUCAUCGCCCCGAAGCCAGGUGCCUUGUGA